AUGGCGGAGCCUGGCUGUGAGACCUCUCGAGAGGAAAGCCUGGGCACAGCGGAAGAGCCCACAGAAGCUGACCCGAAGGGCCCGAAGCAGAAUUCGCCAAGGGGCCAAUGCCGCCGCCGCCACCGCCGCCGCCAUCGCCGCCGCCGCUCCCACAACAGUUUCGCCACCUACUUCCCCAGGGUUCUGAAGCAGGUUCACGAGGGCCUGAGCCUCUCGAACAAGGCCGUGAGCGUCUUGGAUUCGUUCGUCAAGGACAUCUUCGAGCGCGUCGCCGACGAGGCCUCUCGCCUGGCCAGCUCCACCCAGCGCACCACCAUCACCUCCAGGGAGAUCCAGACAGCUGUGCGCCUGCUGAUGCCCGGGGAAAUUGGCAAGCACGCCGUGUCCGAGGCCACCAAAGCCAUCCUCAGGUACACCUUCUGCCAGUGA